CGCCCAUCAGUAUACAAAACCACGCCCAACAAUAGCGACAACAUCCACAAACCACCAAACCUGCUUUGAUCGCCGAGUACGCAUAAACCCCGCCCACCGGUCUGACCCAGUCCGAGAGCUACCGCCGCUGCAUACCGGUUCCUCCUUUAUCGUACAUUUAUGGUGUUGCUACUGGCCGUGACGCGCAACCGUCCACCGACGAUUUACACAGUCACGGGUGAUCGUCCGCAUAGUGACAGUGAGUGAGGGAGGUGAAAGACGAUAGCGUGCCUGUCACAAUGUCUACAGACAGAGAGCCUCCCGUCACCUCCAAACUCCUUCACCUCAUGUUUCUCUCCACCUUCUGGGGAAUGCAGAUAUGGGUCACCUUCAUAUCAGGCUUUGUAAUGGACAGCCAUCUAAACCGACACACGUUUGGCUUCAUCAAGAGCCGGCUCUUCCCGUUAUACCUGCACAUCGGCUCAGCCUGCGCUUUCUUCAACCUCACAAUCUUUGCCAUGUACCAUCCUAGCAACAUGCUCAAUGACAAAGAGGCCUUCCAGAUCUUCAUUUUUUUCGUCUGUGUGACCGUGGCGGCAGUGAAUGCCCAGUGGUUUGGUCAGAUGACCUCGGGAAUCAUGGCAGACAUGCACCUGAUUGAGCAGGCCUGUGGAUUGGGUCAGGACAUCGGACUCUCAUCCAAUCGGGAAGCAUAUGCCAAGCUCUGCCAGACAGAUCCCAAGUAUAAAAAGCUGAGUGGUCGGCUGUGGCUGUAUCACCUGCUGUCCUCCCUUUGUAACCUCUGCUGUAUCGUAUGUAAUGGAUACAGCCUAUAUUACCUGGCAGAAAACCUCACCACCCUCUGAUGACCUUCCUGCAACAUAGUGGAGUUAUACUUCCACAAUGCAAUGCAAACCCUUGGUUAACGUCUGUGUGACUCCGGCAGCGAUGACCUGCUCUCAGAUACUGGAUUACCUCCUGACAAAUCUGGUUAUUAUUGUUACGGAUUGUCUUUUUUAAUCUUUGUUGUGCUAGUUUUAGUUUAGAUAUAUGAUUUAUAGAGAUUUUUAUAGAUAAGAUAUAGAUGAGAUUUUUUUGUAAAUGUUACAGAUAAUGGCUGUGCAUAUUGAAAUUAUAAGAUGUUACACUUUGCAUGGUUGAGGAAUGAGGAAAAACUGAUAUGCGAGUAUAAAUGAACAAAAAU